AUGGCAGCUUCAGUUCGCCUACCCUCAUUUGAUGAGCAAGAUUUUAUCGGGCCCGAGGGCCGAGAGUUACUGGCCUCCUUGGCUGAAGUGGAGGCUGAAGUGAAGGUACAAAAGCUACCCUCACUCCUCCCACGCGUAGUGCCCAGGGGAACACAACCCCAGGGGAAAGAUACGUUCAAAAAACUGAAGCAGAGGCCAGGGCCUGGUGCUUUACAGGGUUCCGUGAGAACAAAAGAAAAAAGAUCUACAAAAACUGCCAAAGAAUCGCCAAAUCUUGAAACUAAAUCUAAUGAUGGAAUGUUCCAAAUGUCAGCAGCUGAAGGGAAGAAUGUUUCUUUCACACCUGGGGCUGGGAUGCAGGCAGACGAGACUGACACAGGAAAAUUUCCUUUCCCAGCAAAUGAAAUGGAACUUGACUCGGGCUGUUACGAUGGGGUGUUGAGUAUAACAGAGUUAGGACAGUUUCAUCCAUACUUCACUCCACUGGAUGAGGAUUUGGACACAAAACUUCGCAAGUGGAGCAAACGCCAACGGUCUCAGGACAUAAAAAAUUUCGCCUUGCCGCCCAUCACGCCUCAUCAACUCGUCCGGGAAAGAAAAAGCGGACAGCGACGUGCCCAGUCAGCCGGAUCCGCACUCGAUGCGAUUCCGGACAGACCGAAGCAGAGGGCGAAGACAUCUGUUCCGCUGCAGCAAACUGCCCGCCAAUACGUGUGGGAGACGCUCGCUACAGCCAAGGAGCGGCAUCUGAACGCAGUCAUUGAAGCGAAGCACCUGCGAUCAAAAGCUGCCUUAGAAGCCGAGGAAGCUGAGCUCUGCAAACUCGAGGAACAAAUCCAGCUGCACGAGGAGGCCUUCGAUGACUUCUUGUCGAGCAACUAUAAAAAAGUCGCAUCGACUCUGCAGAAGACGGCAGAAAUCAAGGCCCAGAAGAAGGAACAGGACGCUCGUCUAGAGUACUUCUCAGGUCUGCUGCAGGAGUCACAGACAGAGCUGCAGGAGGAGACAGAGAGACUGCAGGAGGUGUCUGCAUACCACGCGUUCCUGCUGUCUGUCACUCCCUCGCAGACAUAUGCAGACCUGCAGAGAGCGCUCAACAGACGGGCUGCCCGUAAAAAAGCUUUGGCUGAAUGCAGCAGAAGUCGCUUGGUCCAUGAUGAGCCGCAGCACGUUACAUUCCUCAAUCACCUUGAAGAAGAAGUGAGAACUCUUCGUCUGUUGGACUUCAGCGAUGCUGACAUUUACGAAAAUUAUUCCAAGCACUCAACAGAAACUAUCAAUGAUCACAAAAUUGCAGCUCCUCCUCAAAGCACAAAGAACAAAACUGAACCCGUGAAUAGAGAUUCACGCAGGAAAGAACAAGAAGCAAAUAAAAAUGUCGUGCCGGAUACAAGUCUAAAAAUUUCAGAAAUUAAAACCUCUCUGAAUGAUGGGGAGUUUGGACGUAAGGCCGUUGCCGGUGUUGCCUCUAGCGCCCCCACACAAACUUCCAGACAUGAUACUUCCAUUGUUCUUGAUCCUGCUUUGCCUUUAACUGCAAGUUCCAUGCAGCAUCGACAAGCCGCGGCAACGGUGGCAAGUUCUGAAGAGAAAGAGGGUGUUGGUGCUGCAGCUUCUGUUAGGAAGAAACCUGCUGGUCUCUCCGAUGUCAAUAUUGAGGAUAAUAAUAAAGAAAAGGGAAUUCCAAUAAUGCACCCGGAAUCUACCAUUGAGAAGGAAGUCGAGUUCUCAGCAUUCAAUUUAGCUGAAGAUGACCCGCCAUACCUCGAUGAACAUGCAUACGAUGAAUUCCUUAAAGACCCUAGCUACCUCAUACGUCUGGCUGAGCUGUACGAGAGUCAGUGUCAUUCUCUGCUGACGCUUCUUGGCAGGCUGGAGGAUCACAUUGAAGUCACGGAACGCGAAUUGGACGCUUUGGCGCAGCGAUCCAGAAAUCGAGCUGAAGAAUUUGAACGCCGGAGCAAACUGAGCGCCGACGCCGGGGCUGUGGAGAAACUGCGCCUUGUCCAGCAGCUUAAAAACUCAUGGCCAGAUCUUAGUGAACAUGAACGACUGCAGCAGCAACUUAAUAAAGUGCUAAGCCAGGUGAUGGCCGUGGUGAGCGAGGUGCUGGCAGGGCCGGACGGUGCGAGCAGUUUACUGCAGACGCAGCAAUUCUUGUCUGCCUCGGACACCGACUCUGGAGCUGCAGGUGGCAUGGCUGUGCUGGGGCUGCUAGAGGCUCGCUUCACGGCUCUCUGUAUCCAACUUGACGCCAUCGAGCCCAGGCUACGGGACAAAAUCUUUCUCGAUUGUGAGAACGAGCGCAAGCUGCUGACGAAGGAAGCGCGGCGAGCGCAAGAAAAUCUGAAGCGCGCGGAGCGCAAGAGACAACAUCUCGAGCGGGCGCUAGCGCCCCCCAGGCGGUGAUGAGUCAGACGUCUUGACACACGCGCCCCCAGGCGGUGAUGAGUCAGACGUCUUGACACACGCGCCCCCAGGCGGUGAUGAGUCAGACGUCUUGACACACGCGUCUCACGAGGUUAAUCGUCUUUAGUUUAAUUUAUUUGAUUUAACUCGUUUCCUUUUUUAUGUAAAUCUACUUAUUCCUGUUUGUGUGAGCGUUAUCCGUGAAAUUCAAUAAUGUCAACUAAUAAUGAGUAUCACAAGUAUUAUGACGUUGAAUUAUGAGUAUUGUGACGUCAUCUGGCGCAAAACGAGACUAAAUAAAAAUUUUCUAUUUUU